AUGACCCAGAAUGGUGAUGUUGAAGCAUACCCAGAUGCUGUGAAUGAUCCUCAAAAUGGAAAAUCCAAACAAAAGAUUUUGGGAAUACUGUCGAGAAUAAAGAGUGCCGCGAGUUGGAAAGAUCCAGGCCCUCCCCCGGAUGGCGGAACCCUCGCGUGGACGCAGGUCUUGGUAGGACAUUUGAUCAUUAUGAAUACAUGGGGCUUCAUAAACUCGUUUGGUCUCUUUCAGACCUACUAUGCCGAUUUCCUUGGUCGCUCUCCAUCGGAUAUAGCAUGGAUCGGGAGCAUCCAGGUUUUCAUAGUGUUCUUUAUCGGUACAUUCGCAGGCCGUCUUACCGAUGCAGGCUACUUUCAUCUAGUCUUCUUGAUUGGGACCAUGCUUAGUAUACUCGGCAUCUUCAUGGCCUCUCUAUCAACGCAGUACUGGCAAUUAUUUCUUGCCCAAGGAAUUUGCUGUGGUCUCGGAAAUGGAUGUCUGUUUUGCCCAGCUCUGUCAGUGACCUCCACAUAUUUUUCAAAGAGGAAAAUGCUGGCCGUGGGGAUUUGUGCCUGUGGUAGUGCCACCGGAGGUUUGAUCUUUACGGCUAUUUUCCAGCAACUCAUCCCAAAGCUCGGCUAUGGAUGGACAAUGAGAGUCUUCGGCUUUGUUACUACGGCAUGUCUGACAAUCUGCAAUAUUUUAGCAAGGCCGAGAGUGCCACCUCGGAAAACAGGUCCCCUCCUUGAGCUCGCGGCCUUCACUGAGAUGUCAUACACUUUGUUUGCGAUAGGGAUAUUCUUAACCUUUUGGGGUGUCUAUUUUGCCUUCUAUUACUUGAGCUCUUUCGGUGUUGCAAUCAUCAAUAUACCCCAAACAGAGUCAUUCAACCUAUUUCUUAUCCUGAACGGUGUUGGGAUAAUUGGUCGCACUGCCCCUGCGUACGUGGCGGACCACUACACUGGCCCUAUGAAUAUUCUCAUUUUGGUCACCAUAGCCUCAAUCAUAUGUGCUUAUGCGAUGAUUGGUGUCACAUCCCGAGAAGGGCUUUAUGCCUGGGCUGUAGUUUAUGGGAUUUUAGGGAAUGCUCUGCAAGCAAUGUUUCCAGCCACGUUGAGUAGCUUGACAACAGAUUUACAGAAAGCGGGAAUCAGAAUGGGGAUGAUUUUUACAAUUGUGAGUUUCGCGGUGUUGACAGGCCCGCCUAUUGCCGGUCUUUUGAUCACGAAAGACAAUGGGCGCUAUGUAUAUGCCCAGGCCUUCGCGGCAUCGUCUAUGCUGGUUGGGCUCUUGCUACUCUGUGGGGCUAGAUUUGUGGUAACUGGCAGGGCCUUGUUUUAUAAAAUCUAA